GAGAAGCAGCUGAUCCGACUUUUCUCCGGGGUCCAACGCGCUCCUAUCCUCAGUCCCACGGCGUCGCGCGUACCGAUCGCUGCCGAUCUUGCGCAGAGUCGGAGGAAUGUUUUGAGAUCGGUCUAAUGUGCUUUUAUUGUACAAUUCACUAACUUAUCAAACAAAGGCCUAAUUUUCUUUUGAAUAAUUUUUCAUCCGACCAAAAAGAAACUUUGAAAAGUGCAAGUGCAGUUCGGACAAUGGCAAUUUAUUAGUGUGUAUCCAGUCAAACCUACAGAAGACAUGGUCGGCUACGUCUCGUGGAUUUGCGGCGUCUUCGUCGCGGGAUGUAUCCUGCAGCCACCAUCGCCGCCGGUACACGCGCACUACCACAACCCUUACCACCAGCAGCAAUUUCAGCCAUGGCAUCGACAUCGACCUGCGCCCAUACCUCGUCGUCCGGUCGACCUGAUGACCGACGUCAUCAACGACCUGGGAACAAGAGUCCUCCAACAGUACAUCGAACCCGGUAACGUUGCCUUUUCACCUGCCGGUAUGGGAUUCAUUCUGGCGGCUCUUUACGAAGGCUCGACCGGACACAGCAGACAGCAGAUAGUUGACUGUCUAGGUUUGCCUCGUGACAGGAACGUCGUCAGGGUUGGCAUGAGGGAUAUCCACAGGAGGUUGCGGACAUACCUGAAUCCUGACGGUUUCCUCGGCGGCCUAAACCUGAACCGCGAAAACACGACGCUCCGACCUGACUACGAGAACAUCCUGCGCUUCUACGGUUUCGACCUGAGCAUCGACCUGUCGAACUUCACAGCCGACAACACCGGUAACUUUGGUCUCAGAGGCUCCAGCACGACCAACAUCCCACCCAUGACCAGUCAGACCCAGAUGGCCACGACCCCACCACCAGGAUCCACGAUGAUGCCUAACGGAGCCGCUGCUGGUCAGACUCUGGCGCCGACUACCGUACCACCCGCGAUGAACGGAGGCAUGGCUGCAGGCACUACGAUGCCCCCGACGACCCAGGCACCGGCGGAUAUGACGACUAUAGACACUUCGGUGGUGCUGGUAUCGACGACUCUGGCAGGUGUCCAGACGACGUUGCCACCUGCCGCACAGACUGCCACCACUGGGGCACCUACCAGCACUAUGGCUACUGGUGCAGCUCAGGCUGCUUCUACGAUCAUGACCUCGAGAUUGGCCACCAGCACGACGAUGCUACCGACAACCAUGCCGCCAACGACGACGAUGGCCGCCAACGCGGCUCUGAUUUCCACGACCCUCCCACGUCUGCCUCCAUCGGCUCCGAGUAAUCGAGCUUUUCUAACCGCCGGCGAGACGACAAGCACAGAUCUGCCCACGACGACGACGACAAUGCCGACGACGACGUCUAUGCUGAGCAGCGACUUGAGAGCCGAGACGACCACUAACGCGGAGGAUAUUGCGACUGUCGCCGCGCCGACGACCAUACCUGCUCUGAUCAGGAGGAGACGAAGCAGGAGACGGAGGAGGAGCAACGAGGGAUAUUUCUCGAACUAUCCAGACGACGGACUGUGGAUGCAGGACCUGGACAUCUGGGCGGAACAGCCGGUCCUGCCUACGAACGAGAGAGACGCCACCGAUCUGCAGUUUCUCGUGAACGGCUGCGAUCUGGCGACUGUACCCGCCGCCACUUACACCACCGUUUUGCCGUUCGCCUAUUUUCCAUCGCUCAAGGCCGUCGCGCUCGAGUUUCCUCUUGACAAUCCCAGGUACAACGUGCUGCUGUUCAUGCCGACCGAGAGGAUCGAUACCAGCCGAUUGUCCCGCGAGCUAGCUGGCCAGAAUCUACGACUGCUGCGCAGACAAUUGCAGCCGACAUGGCUCAGGGCUACUAUUCCAAGCUUCAUGCUCAGGGGCUUCGUUACGCUCACGCCGUAUUUGCAGAGGCUCGGAAUAAGGGACGUCUUCGAGCCGCGCAUGGCUGACCUGGGUCCUAUGACCCCGGACCUGGGGGUCUACGCCAGGGACGUCCAGCAGAGCAUCGCCGUCAACAUCCGCAACUACAUGAAGCCCGAUCCGAACGCCAUGAACGUGAAUCCCAGCAACAACCCCAACAUCAACAUGAGGCCCAAUCCGUCGAAUAUGGGACAGAACGGGAACAUGCCUGCGGGACAGAUGCCACAGGCGCCUAGACCACCGCCACCGGAGGAUCCACCGGUGUACGUGCCGCCGCCCAGAGACGCUUACAGAUUCAGCCGGCCAGUGAACGGAGUGGACUCGGAGCAUCCGAGUAUCGUCCCGUUUACGGCCGAGCAUCCUUUCCUGUUUUUCAUCAUCGACAGCGAGACCUCCGUGGCGCUCAUCGCUGGUCGCAUCGACGACCCACUCAACUCCAGGAUACUCUGAGGGACUACGAGGGCAACCGUAACGCUCAUUUGAAUGUGAACGAAGACUCGAUUUUGGCUGUAGCGUUUUGUUUUCUUCUAAUUUUAUGCAGUGAGGGAGAAAUUAUACGAUUCUUGAAAAAUCA